CCGUUAUGCAAAUUUGAUAAUAUACCGCUUCUUUAUUUCUUUCUUUUCUUACAAUGAGCAUCAUUCAACAACUUCCUGUCGAAAUUACUCGAGAAAUAUUUAGCUAUAUUCUACUUCAACAUGGCCAUGAUGCAUGCCGAUACACUUCCAAUACUCGCCACUUACGGUACGGCGAAGAUGGCCAUUGUACAUGCUGGCAAAUUGAUAUGUUGAAUGUUGCUAUGGUAUGUCAAUCAUGGUACCUGAUUUCCAUGGAAACCAUGCAGUCACACCAAGCUACUUUCCUGUUGCCAUGGCCAUCACUGUUGAAUUAUGCCAGUCAUCAACGGAACUUUCCCUUUCGAUCAAAAUUGAUUCAGUUAUUGCAAGAGUCACAAAAGAUGAAUGUAGCUCUUGCUCAACAUGUGCGUCACCUGAUGAUUGAUUUUGCGUCAUUUGAUACCAUCAAGCCAGAAAAAUUAAGAUUGACAUGGAUUAAGAAAAAAGUGCAUCAUGCUUCCGCAUUAGAUGAUGUAUUACAACUCAUUCAAUUGGCUAAUACACAGCGCCUAGAUAUAGUAUGUGAUGCUGCAUUUGCCUCGCUGGUUGAUACCAACAAUAAUCGUAUUCUCUCUACUUCACUCAUGUUAGAAAAAGCUCUUUUAAAAACAUUCACCCGUAUUCGUCGGCUUGAUUUUAUAGGCUAUAAUCCAAUUCAGCGAUGCCCUUGUUGUGCUAGUAAAGAUUGGGACAUGUAUCUCUACCCCAUUAUUCGGUCUGUAUCGUUAGACACUGUAGUGCUACACAAUGUAUUGCCAUCUUCCCAUCUGUUUGAUAUCUUGGCUAGUACACAGCCCAAUCUAAAACGCAUUGUGUUUUACAAGUCCAUGAUUACUGUGCCGAAAAAGAAGUCAGAGGGCUUCUUGACAUCGAUUUCACAGAUACCAAAGGCAUUGUGGCAUCAAGUUAAUUGCGUUGAAAUAUAUGAAGAUAUUGAAGAUGCAACUACCUGGAGAAUCAAGCGAUACUUGAAUGAGUUCGUAGAGCAUAUAGGACCACAGUUACAAGAGUUUGUGUUGCAGUUUGGAACAAAAGAAGAGAAUCAAAAAGCCAUGGAUCAGCCUUCUCAUCACUCAACAGAUAUCAGAGACCCAAAUUCACCUUUGCAUGAAUUAAAGGCCAAGUGCAAGGAAUCGUUAAAAUGUACAUUGGUUAAUGUACCCAAUAUUUAGUCCUUGUAAACAUAACUUGAUUUUCGUUAUUUUGGCAGUCAAUAACAGUAAAAACUAUUGGCACACUUAGAGAUAAAAAUUGGCACACUUUUUUCUUUUAAGUUCAGCACAAAUAAAAAAAUAUUUUGGCACGUC